AUGAAUGAAAACGUAGAACAACUUUUUGAUGAGCUCAUAUCUGAUUUUAAUAAGAAUGAUAAAAUUGGUGAGGGAAAUGAAGGUUUUAAUAUAAGAGAAAAGAUUGGUAAUAAAUGGACAAAUGAAGAUAUAUUAAAUAAUAUAAAUAAAAAUGACUUUUCUAAAUAUACGGAAUAUUCAUUAAGUAGUUUAUAUAUUACUGAUGAAAAAAUACAUAUUGAUGAAGAUAAUAAAUUUCAAGAUUUUCUAAAUGUCAUAACUAAAGCAUCGGAUGUAAACAAUGUAUAUAAAUGGAUCGAUUCAUAUUACAAAUAUGAUUCUAAAGAAGAAUUAGAUAUAUUAUCCCCAAAAGCACAAAAAAAGGAAUAUAUUUUUAGAGAAUAUUUAGAACCUUUUCAUUUAAAAGAAUUAUGUUUAUUAAGAAAAUAUGAAAAGGGUGCCAUUUUAAAAAGUUCUGAAAAAAGUAAAGUUGAUGUUAAUAUUGUUUCCGAAUAUAUUGUUCAUAAUACUUAUAAACAAAUAAUGAAAUCUUUUGGUUAUUAUUUGAGUCAUAAAAUUUAUAUCAAAGCUCAUAUCUUUCAUAAUAAAUAUGGUAAUAGUGAUCAUAUAAUCGUUUUAAUCUUACAACAUUUUAAAGAUGAAAAUUUCAAACAACCUUUAUUUCAUGAUAGAGCAUUUGUUCAAGUUAAAUCGUAUUCAAAUGAUAAUAAAUAUUCAGAAUUAACUCAGAAAAAUCUUUUACAUUACGCAGAAAUUUUUAAGCCUUUUGUUUCAUUAAGAAAAGUCAACUACAAUUUUGUUGAAGAAUUUAAGGAUAAAAUUAUGUUCGGGAUAUGA